AUGGUGAAUUCUUGUAGUGCAUUGAGAACCAAGAUGCAAGGUAUAACUUUCAAGACAUCCGUUUGCGAGGAGCCCUUGAAAAAGACCUUGGUCACCCUUGGUCACAUACCAGUGUUCCAGUGGCCUGGUGAGGAAUGGGGCGAGCAGGAGAAAGAGACAUGUCCGUAUCGUCAAGUUCCCGUGCUCUACAUCGAUGGCGCUCCCAUGGCCCAGACCAAAGCUGUUCUGAGGUAUUUGGGCAGAGUGACCCAAUUCCAAGGCAAGUUCUUGUAUCCAUCCGAUCCAUACGUUGCAGCCAAGGUGGAUGAGCAAAUGGAUUCCUUUGACGAUUUGUGGAUUCUCUUGGCUCCAACCUACAGGAUUCAAAACCAGGUGCAGAAGGAACAGGCACGUCAACGCUUGUUCGAAGAAGGUGAAGCACGAUUCUUGAUCGACAUUUUCGAAAAGACCUUGGAAAAAAGCACCAACGGCUUCGUGAUUGCAGAGGCGGGAUUUUCGGUGGCUGAUUUGAUGUUUUUCGGUUUCUUGGCUGCAGUCGGAGUCCCGGAGGAAGGCCUGGGUCCCAAGUUGUUGUCGGGAUAUCCCAACAUCCUGAAGCACAAGGAGAUGGUGGCUGCUAUACCCGAGGUUCAGAAGUAUUACAAGAAACAAAACAAUGCCGCUGGGCAGCGAAAAGUCUACGGACGACCCAUCGAAGCAAGUCUUCCUCCCGGGCUAUUGAGGAAGAACGCUGAGUGGUUACGUAGCACAGCGGUAGCAGAAGCGUUAAAGACGACAUCUGCCAUGGCACCCAUCUACUUGGGCAACUUCAUCUCGCCAGCCCUGGGCCUGGUGGAGCCGUUGGACGGGAGCCACGCCUCAGAAACUGCCCAUGGUGUCAGCUGGGACGAGGCCAAUCUCGCGGAACACGACAAGGAGAGGGGCACCAGGCGCAAGAUUGACGAGCCCAAGACGCCUUGGGCGCAGAGUCCUGUGUCCUCGGAGGAUGAGGGUGCCAAGAGCCCCGACGGUCCCAAGGCCGCUCUCGACGCGGCGGCGCAGGUGGCAAGGACCUCAAGCGAACUCAAUCUUAUCCUGGCGCCCUUGGAUUGGAGGUCGGCAGAUUGA